AUGCACCGAAAAACGGAGGAGAUCAUGUCUUCGGCCCAACAACAGUUUAAUCUGCAUGCAAAUCGGGCACCACCUUACCCACGUUGGUCGAUCCAUAAGUUGAAGAAAAUAGACGAUCUUUUUGGUGAUUACAGCGAGAAUGAGGAAUUGUUGAUGGUGAUCUGUAGAGAGGGGUCAAUUGUUGUUAAUAUGCGGAUGAAGAGGUCUAGAGACGACGAUUUUUCCGGGAGUGCUUUUCAACUCAAACCGCCUAUCAAUUCAGAAUCGUCUGGGCAGCCCCAAAUGAUGAAUGGAGGGAGUGGACAAAAGUUGACAACUAAUGAUGCCCUUAUGUAUCUCAAGGAUGUCAAAGAUAUGUUUCUUGACAAAAAGGAGAAAUAUUCCGAGUUUCUUGAUAUAAUGAAAGAUUUCAAAGCACAAAGGGUUGACACCACAGGGGUCAUAGCUAGGGUGAAGGAACUGUUCAAAGGACACCGAAAACUAAUAUUGGGUUUCAACACUUUUCUCCCAAAGGGAUUUGAAAUCACCCUCUCAGAAGAGGAUGAGCCACAUGCUAAGAAGCCUGUGGAGUUUGAAGAAGCCAUUCAAUUUGUAAACAAAAUUAAGAUGAGAUUUCAAGGAGACGAUCGUGUGUACAAAUCUUUUCUUGAUAUUUUGAAUAUGUACAGAAAGGAAAACAAACCCAUUAAAGAGGUCCACCAAGAGGUUGCUGCUCUUCUUCAUAACCAGCCAGACCUUCUCAAGGAGUUCACCAAUUUCUUACCUGAUUCUUCAGCAGCAACAUCCAAUCAGUAUGUUCACUCCAGUAGGAACCAUAAACCUCACCCUGAAGAUAGGAGCUCACCAAUUGGCAGAAUAAGACUUCCACCUUCUGAAAAGAAAGGUAUUGCUUGUCAUGCUGAACGUGAGGUCAGCGCUGACAUGGCGGAUCCUCAUCAUGAGGAAAAGUUUAUAAAACCUGAGAAGGAGCAUAAGAGACAUGGUGAUAAAGAAAAAGUGAAAAGGGAAGAAAGAGAACACCAUUCACAAGAUAGAGAUUGUAAUCAUCAUCAUGGGUCAAAUCGUGUUGCCCAAAAACGUAAAUCUACUAAUGCACUUGAAGACUCUGUUACUGAACUAUUUCAUAAAGAUAUGCGUGAUCAAAUGAUUUGUCUUCGUGAAAAGGUGAAAGAAAGAUUACACAACUCAGAUGAUUAUCAAGCUUUUUUGAAGUGCAUUGUGCAUUAUUGCACAGAAAAUAUCACUCGACCACAGCUGCAAUCUCUGGUGAAUAAUCUACUUGGAGCUCAUCCAGAUCUUAUGGAAGAAGUCAACGGGUUCAUUGACCGGAGUGAGAGGACUGAUGAUGAGGAUAAAAAUGUAUCUGAAUCUAAGCCAUCUUUUCUUCCAAGCAAGGAUGAGUAUCAAGCAAAGCCAAUUCAUGAACUUGACCUUUCUGACUGUGAACGUUGCACUCCAAGUUAUCGGCUUCUACCAAAGAAUUAUCCAAUUCCUUCAGUAAGUCAAAGAACAACAAUAGGUGAGGAGGUGUUGAAUGAUCAUUGGGUGUCUGUUACAUCUGGAAGCGAAGAUUACUCUUUUAAACACAUGCGUAAAAACCAGUAUGAAGAAAGCUUAUUUCGUUGUGAAGAUGACAGGUUUGAAUUGGACAUGUUAUUAGAAUCAGUGAAUGUAACAGCCAAACGUGUGGAAGAACUUUUGGAUAAAAUUAAUGAUAAUUCAAUCAAAACAGAAAGCGUGGUUCGUGUUGAAGAUCAUUUUACAUCUUUGAAUUUGAGGUGCAUUGAACGUUUAUAUGGAGAUAAUGGACUUGAUGUGAUGGAUGUAUUAAAGAAGAAUGCAUCUCUUGCUUUGCCAGUGGUGUUAACUCGUUUGAAACAGAAACAAGAGGAGUGGGCCCGGUGUCGCUCUGAUUUUAAUAAAGUUUGGGCAGAAAUUUAUGCUAAAAACUAUCAUAAGUCACUCGAUCAUCGCAGCUUCUAUUUUAAACAGCAGGAUUCAAAGAGCUUGAGUGCUAAAGCAUUAUUGGCAGAAAUCAAGGAAAUAAGUGAAGAGAAGUCUAGAAAUGAAAACAUCUAUCAGCAUUUUACUAUGAAAAGACAAAGCAGCACACCACAUCAAGAAUUCAAGUAUUGUGAUUUGGAUGUCCAUGAAGACUUAUAUCAGCUCAUGAAAUAUUACAUUCCACAAAAUUCUACCCCUGAACAAUUCAAUAAGGUCAUGAAGAUCUGGACUACUUUUGUGGAGCCCAUGUUUAAUGUCCCCCCUCGCCCACCUCAAUCCACAAAUGGCAAUCAAGAAGUUGCAAAAACAAGUAAAAGGCAAAGUGAGGGCAAAAAUGUAAAUACCACCACAAGUGUUAAUGGACACCAUAAAGUUGAGAAAGAAGAGGGUGAAUUAUCCCCAAAUGGAGAUUUUGAAGAGGAUAAUUUUGCAGCAUUUAGAGAGACUAAUAAUAAUAAUAAUACUACUACUAAUAAUAGGUUCCGAGAAGAUGAUGAAAUUGAAGGUGAGGAAAGUGCACAUAGGUCCUCUUGUGACAGUGAGAAUGGUGAUGGAUCAGGUAGUGAAACUGCUGACGUGGCGAACGGGUCCCCUGAAGAUCAUGCUGACAAGGACGAGAGUGAAGGUGAAGAAGGAGAUGAAAAUGAAACCCUUCUACCGUUUUCACAACUUUUUUUGGAUACAGUGAAGCCGCUUGCAAAGUACGUCCCUGAAGUAUCGCGUAUUGACACAAAUGGUCCUCGGGUUUUCUAUGGAAGUGAUUCCUUCUAUGUUUUCUUCAGACUCCAUCAAACGUUGUACUUGAGACUAGAGGAAGCAAAAGAAAAGUCUGCUAAUGAUAAAUGGAGGGGUUCAAGUGACAAGACACCUAAUGAUUCAUAUGCUAGAUUCUUGGAUUUACUUUACAAUUUUCUAGGAGGUGGUAUUGAUAGUGCAAAAUAUGAAGAUGAAUGUCGAACUGUUCUUGGCACUUGGGCAUUCCCUGUCUUCACAUUAGACAAGCUAAUCUACAAGCUUUCUAAACAGGUGCUAGCAAUCGCGGGUGAUGAAGUUGACAACAAGCUUCUCCAUCUCUAUGCAUAUGAAAAUAUGAGAAAACCUGAAAGAUUCAUAGAUGAACUUUAUAAUGCAAAUGCCAGAGUUAUUGUUAAUGAUGACAACAUUUAUAGAUUUGAGCAUUCACUUAUACCAGAAACAAAUAAACAAACCCAAUUAGCAAUUUGGGUAAUGGACACUGUAUGUGAGACAUCAGAACCACCAGCUUUUUCAAUCGACCCAAAUUUUACACCCUUUCCAGUUCCAACCACUCAAGAGAAAAAGAAGCCCGGGAUAUUUCUAAAGAGAAGCAAAAGAAAAUAUGCUUGUGAAGAUGAAGAUUUAGCAAUGAUGCAUGCAAUGGAGGGUCUUCGAAUAUUAAACAGAAUGGAAUGCAAGAUAAAUUGCAUCACAUAUAAAAUAUCUUAUGUUUUAGAUACAGAAGACUCGAUGUACAGAAGUUCCGGAAGGUUCUGCAGUCUAGGAUUCGAUGAACAUCAACAUAAUGAUUUGAGGUAUUGUAUUGUGCAAGAUUUGAAGUCAAAUUACAAGAAAAAGGUAAUUGAGUUCUUUAAGUGUCAUCUUCAUUUACUGCAAUCAAACUUAUAG